GAGAAGGGUUAUAAAUACACAGAGUGUACAGACAGACACAACUCACAGUCAGUAUCACAGUGUUCAAGAUUCAAGAUGAAAGCACUGCUGAUUAUCGCCUUUGCUUCUGCACUGCUUUCUGUCUUGCAAAGCUACCCUGUCGAGGUUGAUUUAACAAUGAAGUUUGAUCCAGAUGCUGAGGAUCAAGUUUGGAAAGUCAAGACGAAACACCCUGAAAACGAGACCGAGCUGAGUGCUGACUCUAUGGACAUUUCUACCCUGCUUGAAAAAGCCAACGCUAACCUCGAUAAAAUCCCCGACGGAACAGUCAUUCGAUUUGGUGACAUUGCAGUCGAUCCCUUGGGAUCCACCAACGCAGACCCCUGCACUGAGCGUUCAUGCAAAUGGCCCCAGUCCUCUCAGGGGACUGUAUACAUUGCAUUCGAAGUGUCCGAUGACUUCUCUUUAAACGACAGGGCAGUAAUCGAGGGGGCUUUGAGCUCUUUUGCCCAGUUUACCUGCAUCGAAUUCAUAAGGAGAACAAACGAGCGUGAUUUCAUCUCCGUUCAGUCGCGCUCUGGGUGUUAUUCCUUCAUAGGCAGACGAGGAGGGCGGCAGGUGUUGUCCUUGAACAGACUCGAUUGUGUCUACCAUCAAGUGGUCCAGCAUGAGUUUCUACACGCUCUGGGAUUCAACCACGAACAGACGCGGAGUGAUCGGGACAGCUACGUGAACAUUCUAUACGAGAACAUACAGCAAGGAAUGGAGUAUAAUUUCAAUAGAGUGAAUACCAAUAACCUUGGCACCCCUUACGAUUAUGACUCAGUCAUGCACUAUGGAAGGUAUGCUUUCUCAAGCAAUGGAAGACCAACUAUUGAGCCCAUACCUGACCCCAAUGUUGAAAUUGGACGAGCCACUCAGUUCAGCCAAACUGAUAUUGAAAGAGUCAACAGGCUCUACAACUGCAGGAACUACCUGUGAUCUAGCAACUGAGGAUCCAGCAAUCUGAACCUGACCCUGACUAUGACCCUGACCCUGACCCUGACCUGUCUGAAGAAUGAUGGCACACAUGGCAAAAGCUUCUUUAAGUUGUAUGUGUUUAAAAGCUGGACUGUCGCGCAGUCCUGUUCGGUUUCACCCUCUUGGUGUCUGUUCACUUCGUUCCUAUAGUGCAUAAUUCUGGGCUCUUUAACAGUAAGAAGAACAUGUCUUGUUUGCACUGAAGAGCCAAAUAAAGACGUUGCUAUCUGCAGCAAUAAGAGGCUGUAAAUGCAUAUAUGCAUAUAAUACAGUUAUUCUAUUGAAAUAUGGAAGUGGAAUUUGACAGCUUUUGUUUUGUGCAUAAUUUAAUUUGAAAAUCACUGUAAAGUAAAAAGCUUUCUUGCAAACUACAGUACUAUUUACUGCAUUUUUUCAGUCUCCUCAACAAUAAACUCAUAUCUCCAAUGGA